AUGUCUCAGUCUUCAGAAGAAUGUGCAGCUGACCAAGGCCAGACCUGUGAAGAGACCCAGAAACUACAGGUUGCAGCAGCCUCCGUCAAUGUUGAGGAGCCAUGUUCCUCAUCUCAUCUUAUGGCUACUAGUCUGAAGGACCAGACCAGUGAGGAGACCCAAGUCUCCAAGGAUGUGGAGGAACCAUGUUCCUCUUCUCAACUUCUUAUGGCUAGCAACCAGGAUGAUCCUGAAGAUGAGACACCCAGUACUUCUAGGGGUCUUCAGCAUCCCUCUGACUCUUCAAGCGAGUCUGCUGAGGAUCUUGGUAAUCAAGAAGUGCAGAGUAACCCAGUCAUUCCACCAGAUCAGUCAGAUAGCACAGAUUUACCUGUGAUGACUAUAGAUGGGAAAGUUGAUUUCUUGGUGAAUUACAUGCUGUACAAGUAUCAGGUGAAAGAGAUGAUGAGUAUGCAUGAUAUAAUGACACUCAUUGUCAAAGAAGAUAAAGAUCAUUUUCAUGAUAUCCUCAUGAGAGCUUCUGAGCGCAUGGAGAUGGUCUUUGGGCUGGAUGUGAAGGAAGUAGAUCCUGUCAACCAUUGCUAUGCUCUCUUUAUCAAAUUAGGUCUCACCUAUGAUGGGAUGCGCAAUGAUGAGUACAGCUUUCCUAAAACUGGUCUCCUGAUACUCAUCCUGGGUGUAGUAUUCAUGAAAGGCGACAGUGCCACUGAAGAGGAGAUUUGGGAAGUAUUGAAUCCAAUGGGAAUCUAUGCUGGGAUGACACAUUUCAUGUUUGGUGACCCUAGAGAGCUGAUAACUGAUGAGUUUGUGAGGGAGCAAUACCUGGCAUACCAGCCAAUAGCCAAUAGUGAUCCCAUACAGUAUGAAUAUGUGUGGGGACUACGGGCUAAAGCUGAAACUAGUAAGAUGAGAGUGUUAGAAUUUGUAGCUAAGGUUCAUGGGUCAGACCCUACUGCGUUCCCUUCUCAGUAUGAAGAGGCACUGAUAGAAGAAGAAGAGAGAACCUUUACCAUGCUGUUAGAGCACGGUGGCCUGAGUUCUACUUCUUGUGAAAGUUCUAGUGACACAAGCAGCAACUUCUCUCAUGUCUAG